GUCCGGAAGCUAGGCACGAUACAUUGGACUAGCGUGGCCGACACGUGGGCGGAGAAGUGUGGCAACUCCGACAAGUUUGAGAAUUUCAAGGCUUCCCUCCACCACCUGCGUCAACACGACGACUUGUGCGUCGCUCUCCACGACAGCAGCAACCACCACCGCCAUGUCCGACCCAACACCAGAAUCAUCAACCACCCCUCGCCCCCUCGUCGUGCUCGAGGUUCGCGCGUCCAAGAACGGCCGCACGCACGGCAAGGCGUGGAAGUCGGAGAAGACGGCCACGCGCCGAAACUAUAUCUCGUCGGAACUCAAGACGCCGUUCGAGAAGCGCAUGGAGAGGGAGAAGGAGAAGCAGGCUAUGAAGGCGGUCGAGAGGAAGAUGAAGGAGGAGGAGCAGGCGGCCAAGGACCGCAAGGUCACCAUCAUCCGCGAACGCCGCGAGCGUGCAGCCGAGAAGGCGCGCCUCGAGGCCGUCGCGGCCAAGAUGUCGGCCAAGAAGGCCCAGCGCAUGAAGAAGCGCCAAGGGCGGUCCAAGAAGAUCAACGGGUGAUCUUCUUCUCGUCUCGCUUCGUUUCGCUUCUUGUGGGCUGUAUCGGUUACGCUUGGCAUGUCAUGCACUCUUAGAUUGUUGGGCUGCUUGGCUGGCUCGUGCCCUCCGUUGUCCUCGGGGCGAUCGAUCAGAGAGACGACGAGAUCUGUUUUUGAUCGACUGAUUCC